AUGCCAGUAGCAUCAGUGGUGGCUAGUUCUACCAGUGGGAGUCGAGGUUCAGGCAGAGGUUCUGGUAGAGGCACUGGUAGAGGUGCAGAUUCAGCCGGUUAUACUUCGUCACCUUGUGAGCAUUGUGGCAGACGACAUGGUGGAGAUUGUUGGUUGGUGACUGGUAAAUGUUGGACAUGCGGAGCCUCAGAACAUGCGGGAGCCUCAGUGACCAUCAGAAGAAGGAAUUGUCCUAAAAGGGCAAGAGUUCCUACACCGUUCAUAGCAGGCCGAGGUCGAGGCGAGACCUCCGGAGUGCAGAGACAACAGUCAGAGACAGUGGACAUGCCUGAUACCAGGGGUCCAGCUAGGGUUUAUGCCAUGCGAGCCAGAGAAGAUGAGGAAGCUCCAGAUGUCAUAGUUGGUGAGUUUUCGUUAUGUGAUCAUGGAGUUUAUGCAUUAAUUGAUCCUGUCUCAUCUCAUUCAUAUAUUAGUGUGCCUACACCCUGGGUUAAAGGGUUAGCGGUUGCACAUGUGGGUCAGGGUAUGUUGGUUACCAAUCCCAGGGAAUUUCCAAGAGAUCUUAUGGAGUUGCCAUUUAGAGAAUUUGAUGUUAUUUUGGGUAUGGAUUGGCUAUCUAGACAUAAUGCUCUAGUUGAUUGUACAAAGAAAAGGGUGACAUUAUAUACACCAGCAGGGGAAGAGAUUACAGUAGUUGGGAAGCGGCGAGAUUUUUUGAAAAAAGAAAAGUCAAAAGUGCAAGAUAUACCAACAAUAUGUGAUUAUCCAGAUGUAUUUCCAGAUGAGUUACCAGGGUUAACACCAAGGAGGGAAGUGGAGUUUACCAUAGAUGUCUUUCCUGGAGCAGCACCAGUAUCUAUUGUACCUUACAGAAUGGCACCAGCAGAGUUAAAAGAGUUAAAGAUUCAGCUACAGGAGUUAUUGGAUAAAGGCUUUAUCAGACCCAGUGUAUCACCACCUUGGGGAGCACCG